CCACAUAUUCACAAUAUCAACACACCCACAACUACUUCAUCAUGUCUGAUCAAUCUCACCUCAACGGGGCUUACUACGGCCCCUCCAUCCCCCCUCCCGCCAAAAAAUCCCGAUCCUACCACCGCCCUGGUGGCGGUGGAGGAAGCUGCAACCCUUUCUCUUGGUGCUUCAGCUGCAUCUGCGGUUGCAUCUUCAACCUCAUCUUCCAGAUCCUCAUCACCAUCCUAGUCAUCCUCGGCAUCAUCGUACUUGUGUUCUGGCUCAUCUUCCGCCCCAACGCGCCCAAGUUCCACGUCAACGACGCCACUCUCACCCAAUUCACGUUGUCCCCAGACAACAACACUUUGUACUACAAUCUGGCUGUCAACAUGACGUUCCGUAACCCAAACAAGCGGAUUGGGAUAUACUACGAUAGAAUUGAGGCUAACGCAGAGUACCGGGAUAAGAGGUUUGAUACGGAGAAUUUGGAAAGGUUUUAUUUGGGACAUAAGGACGAGAAGGAUGUGAGCGCGGUGUUCCGAGGAGAACAAGUGCUCCCUUUCAACAACGAUGACAAAUCGGAGUAUAAUUCUGAGCGGACCGAGGGGGUUCACGAUAUCGAUUUGAGGUUGAAGCUUAGGGUCCGGUUGAAGGUUUGGUGGGCGAAACCAAAGUUCAAACCGCAGUUUGAGUGCGACUUGAAGGUCCCGUUGACUUCUGGAGGUCCGGGUUCGAACCGUAGGUUUGAAAGGACCAAGUGUGAUUUUGAUUGGUAGAGAUCAUCAUCAGCUUCAUCUUCAUUGAUUCACUGAUUUUUAUUCUAUUUGUGUAUUUUUUUUUAUUAUAUUUUUUUGGAGUUUUAUUGAUGGGGUAGAUUCUUGUAUACUGCGGAGUAUAUUUCUAGGUUAUUAUUAUUUCUAUUUUAUGUGUACGUAUACGAUAUUUAUUGUUUAUAAAUAAAGGAUAGGUUUAUUUAUUAA